AUGUCCGAAGACUGGAAAUCCAACCUCAAUCUUCCGAAAAAGGACGGGCGGCCCCAAACCGACGACGUGCUGUCCACCAAGGGCAACACGUUCGAGUCGUUCCACCUUAAAAGAGAACUUUUAAUGGGAAUUUUCGAGGCUGGCUUCGAAAAACCGUCUCCCAUCCAAGAAGAGGCAAUCCCCGUGGCCCUCAUGGGAAGAGACAUUCUCGCGAGAGCAAAGAAUGGAACAGGUAAAACCGCGGCGUUUGUGAUCCCUACUCUGGAGAAAUUGAAGCCAAAGGUCAACAAAAUACAGGCCCUGAUUCUUGUUCCUACCAGAGAACUGGCCCUCCAAACAUCACAGGUGGUGAAGACUCUGGGUGCCCAUUUGGGAAUCCAGGUCAUGGUCACCACGGGAGGAACCUCGUUGAGAGACGAUAUCAUGAGACUCCAUGACCCGGUGCAUGUUCUUGUUGGUACGCCCGGUAGAGUUUUGGACCUUGCCUCGAGAAAACUGGCUGAGUUUGACGAAUGUCGCAUGUUUGUCAUGGACGAGGCCGACAAGAUGCUUUCGCGUGAGUUCAAGAACAUCAUUGUGCAGAUCCUGAAGUUCUUCCCGCGCUCCUCGAGCGAUGGUAACGGGUACCAGUCGCUGCUGUUUAGUGCCACGUUCCCAUUGGCCGUCAAGUCGUUCAUGGAGGAACACCUGUACAAGCCCUACGAGAUCAAUCUGAUGGACGAGCUGACUUUGAAGGGUAUCACGCAAUACUACGCGUUCGUGGAGGAGAAACAGAAACUUCACUGUCUCAACACGCUGUUCUCGAAACUGCAAAUCAACCAGUCCAUCAUCUUCUGUAACUCCACCAACAGAGUGGAGCUUCUCUCCAAGAAAAUCACAGAGCUGGACUACUCGUGCUACUACUCGCAUGCCAAGAUGCCUCAGGCCGCCAGAAAUAAGGUCUUCCACGAGUUCAGACAGGGCAAGGUCAGAAACCUGGUGUGUUCCGACCUCCUCACCAGAGGUAUCGAUAUCCAGGCCGUCAACGUGGUGGUGAACUUUGACUUCCCAAAAACAGCAGAAACAUACCUUCACAGAAUCGGCAGAUCGGGAAGAUUCGGCCACUUUGGUAUCGCCAUCAACCUCAUCAACUGGAACGACCGGUUCAACCUGUACAAAAUCGAGCAGGAGCUCGGCACAGAGAUCAAGCCUAUCCCGGCCGAGAUCGACAAAUCUCUUUAUGUUGUUGGCCAGCCAGACAACAUCCCAAGACCAUUCAAACUGGACCAACUGCCAAACGGAAACGAGCGCAGUCACAACAGAUACAACGGCCAGCCGGCUCAACCUCAGAGACACCAGCAGCCUGUUGAGUAUUAA